AUGUUGUCCGAGAACGGCCCGUGUGUGACCGACGGACCCAACGCCACCAAGUUCAACCCGAACUCUUGGACAGAGCACUUCAACGUCGUGUACCUGGAUCAGCCGGCCGGCGUGGGCUUCUCCUACGUCGACAACAGAACCGACGGGGAGCCGCCGGCCAUGCCGUCUCGCACGCAGGCGUCGUCUCUCACGCCGGCGUCGUCUCUCGACUCCAUCGCCUUCAUCCGGCUGUUGUACGAGGCCUCCCCCUCGCUUGCGUCCGCCGACCUCCACCUGUCCGGAGGAUCGUUUGCCGGGCGCUAUGUCCCCACGCUUGCCGCCAGCAUCCUCGAGUACAACUCCUUCUUCGACCACUCACCGGAGGCCCGCGGCGCCGUCAUCCCCCUGCGGUCCAUCUUCGUCGGGAACCCGUGGAUUGAUCUGGCGGUCCAGGUACCUUCCAUGCACGAAGUCAGCUGUUUCGACGGCUGGCGGGGCAAGUACCCCAGGCAGCUCAAGGAGGAGGACUGCAAGGCCCUCGAAGGAGCCCUGACGCCGUGCGAGAAGCUGCUGCGGGCCUGCGAGCAGGGCAGCGCCAGGCCGCCCCUGUGCGCGAUGGCCGUCGACGCGUGCAGGCCCGACUACCUGGAGGUCUUCCAGAAGGCCACGCGCAGCGUCUACGACAGGCGGCUCAGGCACUGCCCGGGGCCAGGGAACUGCUAUCCGGAUGUCGCGAACCCCGUCCAGUACCUCAACUCGCCGGCGGUCCUGGAUGGCGAGUUCGAGGUCGCGCUGCGGACGCGAGGCGCCAAGACCGGGUGGGAGAUGGAGGACUGGCCUACGUUCAAGAGGUUCUCGGCAUCGGGCGAUUUCGUCGCGCCAAUGACGGCCGCGCUCCGUGCGCUGCUGGAGGAUUCCCGCGAAGGCAAGACAGCCAGCGGGUCUCGCAGGCCUCUUGAUGUGCUCUUGUACAUCGGGGUGAUGGACAUCAUCUGCAACCCCGACGGUGUCCUCGAGGCGCUUCGGGGCAUUUGUGAGGAGUCGAGAAGAGUCCGAAAAGAAUAA